GAUUUAUAAACAUAUUUAGACUCAAACCCUAAUGCCCUUUGUUCAUAGUUGAAGCUGACGGACGCCUCCUUCUGUGAUCCAGCUUUAAUUUGGAAGGAUGGUGAGAAUUAGUGUCUUGAACGACGCUCUUAAGAGCAUGUACAAUGCAGAGAAGAGGGGGAAACGACAGGUCAUGAUCAGGCCUUCCUCUAAAGUGAUCAUCAAGUUUCUUAUGGUUAUGCAGAAGCACGGAUAUAUUGGGGAAUUUGAGUAUGUCGACGAUCAUAGAUCUGGAAAAAUUGUUGUUGAACUCAACGGUAGGCUGAACAAGUGUGGGGUUAUUAGUCCUCGUUUUGAUGUGGGUGUCAAGGAAAUUGAAGGCUGGACUGCUAGGCUGCUCCCUUCCAGACAGUUUGGAUUCAUUGUGCUGACAACAUCUGCGGGAAUUAUGGAUCAUGAAGAGGCUAGAAGGAAGAACGUUGGAGGGAAAGUCCUUGGUUUCUUCUAUUGAACAUGGUUUUGAGCCACACCCAUUAUGGAAUUUUGACAUAGCUUUCAAAUAGUACUAUAUUUUCUCGGUAAAGAAAGAUCGUAUCCUGUAAUAACUAGAUUUUGUGUUGCCAGUAAUUUAAUUCCAAGAUAAUUUGAUUGUUUUGGUUAAGACAUUUUGGCUUUUUUAAAUUAUAUUGGAAGAGAACCAUUGCUUUUUGAAUC